AUGCUCGCCUACUCGGCAGUCCAGGACGCGCAGAACAGCUCGACGUUCUGUGACUUCAUCAUCGAUUCCCACCAUGCGUCCCUUUUCCGCAUCCGAACAGCAUCAUCGUCAUGGGCAAGUGCUCGAUUCACAAGACCCAGCUGCUCAUCGAGACGGUCGAGGCUUCAGACUGCGGGAUUGUCUGUCUCCCACCCUACUCGCCCGACUUCGCCUAUCGAGGGCGCUUUCGCUCAGAGUCUGUCGUUCCUCUUCCUCCUGCUCAGCCGAAAGUACUGA